GAAAAAGUUGCUGUGACCGAAUCUUCGACCGAAGUGACCGAGUGCCUCCAAGCUUACCAUGGCCGGAUUUCUGCUCCUCUCCAUCCUGGCGGUUUUGUCUACCGUCCACGCGGCACCCACCUGUACGUGUGAAGAGAAGGCUUCUUCCACUCAGCAGUACACUGUCCAAAUCAACGAAGAAGGAACCAUCUUCAACCAAGUGACUGAUGUAGACCGGGAUAAUCAGAUCGUUCUGUUCCACGUGCCUCAGCACAACAUCGUGUCUGACAAUCAAGUCAUGUUGGACUACAACACGGGACUGAUGAUGACCCUUUACACCGAGCUGAACGCCUGUUUCCUGUCAACCAUGCCUGACAACAUCCCGGCAAUUGACAAGCUGGUAGAAGGGCUGAGUGCCAUGGCAAACCCACAGACAAGAAGCACCAUCCUUAAGAAGAGGAAGGAAGAGACCUACCAACGUGCCGCCCCACAGCCUCUAAAUGCCCGGACCAUGUUGGGGGACCAGAUGGCCCAGAUGUGUGCAAAGUAUCCUGUCUACAACACCGUGGUGGUUCCCGAGGCGACCAUCGAACAGGAUUCAGGAAACAAAACCACUCGUAGGUGGCUUGACGACCAAGUAACCCUGACUUGUCCACCGUUCGACUUCAUGUACCGAUGUGAGCUGAGGAACUCAUGCAUCUACGUCUACUACUGCGAGGGGACCCACCUCCCAGGGUUAGCACCAACCGCCGCGCAGUGUGAUGUGUACCAUGACUUCACCGCCAACGCCUGGCAGUGCGUGCCUUAUUGCCCUGACGAGUAGGAUUAAAAACAUGUUUGCCACAAUUUUUCUUAAUGUAUGUGUUUCAAAUAUCAAAUAGAUGAGCUGGGUUUUCAAACCCGAUUUGUUUGACGCUUUAUACUGAAUGACCAAAACGAUAACGUCAGAUAAUGUUAACGGUGAUUUCUCGUUUAAGGGGAGAAGUAAAAGCAGAUACUCAAUGUUCGACAGUUUUUGUCUCCUUUAGUCUAUAUUUUAAGUCUAACGUUGUGCAAGGUCAUAAUUUCUUACUGACAAUUUAUUCAAAAUAAAGUUUGUUUUGCAGUGGCA